AGUCCAAAUGCUUAAAAAUUAAAAUUGCAUGAAGUAGAUAAGAGUAAUUGCAUAUUAUCUAUCAAAAAUUGCUUUUUAUAAGUGGUAAAAAAUUUCGUUCGCAAUUUGAAUAGGAGUAGUUUAUUUAUUUGAGUAUUUAUAUGUUAUUGUAUUUCCAUGUGAUAAACAACAUUUUUUUACUAUACUUUGAUAUAAAGUUCUGAUAUGAAUGAUACGAUAAUGAAGAAAACAGAUGGCAGGAUAAAAUAGUUCUAAUCAAAAAAAUGGUAUUCUGUGACAUAAACUUUCCUUUACUGUUUUGCACGGUAGUUAACCUAAUUUUUGGACUCACUAAAUUUAAAAUGAUCAUUAAGGGUUUUAAUCGAACAGUUUAUUUUUGCAGGUUUUACUCAAAUCGCAAUAUAUUAAAAAUAAAAGAUAGGGGCAUAAUACAAGAUUUAUUUCCUGACAAUGCUGCAAAUAUUAUUACCGAUAUAAUGAACGCAAAUAAUCAAACCGUUUAUGCAGGUUUUGAUCCCACUGCUAAAAGUUUACAUGUAGGAAAUUUACUAGUUUUAAUAAAUCUUUUGCAUUGGCAACGAGGGAGUCAUAAUGUUAUUGCAGUGGUAGGUGGUGCAACUGCUCACAUUGGAGACCCAAGUGGUAGAUCAACUGAAAGAGAGGCCAUGUCUCAUAUUUCGAUUGAAGAAAAUAUUGGAGGCCUAAAGAAGAACAUAGAAACUAUAUUUAAGAAUCAUGAGAAAUAUUUGUGGAAUGGAAAAGACCAAUUGAAACCAAUAAAGGUACUGAAUAAUGAUGAUUGGUAUAAACAAAUAUCAGCCACAGAGCUAAUAGGCAAGUCAGGUAGGCAUUUAAGGAUGGGUACAUUGCUUUCAAGAAGUAGUGUACAAACCAGGCUUAAGUCUUCAGCUGGAAUGAGCUUUACAGAGUUUAGUUAUCAAUUAUUUCAAGCACAUGAUUGGUUACAUUUAUUUGAGACUCAUAAAUGCUGUUUUCAGAUUGGGGGAAAUGAUCAAAUGGGAAAUAUUAUGAGUGGCCAUGAAUUGAUUAGCAAAGUUCAUAAUAAACCAGUUUAUGGUUUGACAAUUCCUUUAGUUACUUCAGAAAUGGGUGAUAAAUUCGGGAAAUCUGCAGGGAAUGCUGUUUGGCUAGAUCCUGAAUUAACAUCACCUUUUACCUUCUACCAGUUUUGGAUCAGACAGCCUGAUUCUGAAGUUGAAAAAUUUCUAAAACUUUUUACAUUUGAUACAGUAGGAAGUAUUUCAGAUCUCAUGAGGCGACAUCGGGAAACACCUGAGCUCAGAUUACCACAAAAAAAACUUUCCGAGAAGAUGACUUUGCUUGUCCAUGGAGAGGAGGGACUUCUAAAGGCCGAAAAGGCUGCCAAAGCUCUUUAUUCUGGUAGUGUUGAGGCAUUAGGCGAAAUGAAUGCUGAAGAAAUUGCAAAGUUGUUUGAAGGUGCAACAGUUGUCGAGAUUUUGCCAAAAGCAGGUCAGAGUAUAUUGGAUAUAUCCAUGGAGGCUGGUUGUUUUCCAACAAUCCAAGAUGCUGUGAGAAUCAUUUCUGCCGGUGGUUUUUCUAUCAAUCAAAGGAAAGUCCAAAAUCCUAGCGAAAUAUUUAAUAUUAAUGCUCAUAUGUUGUCCAAUAAAGUCUCCUUGUUUAGGGUAGGAAAAAGAAACUAUUAUGUAGUUAAGUUAUUGUACUAGUGAAAAAAUACAGCAUUUUAGUAAUAUGUGUACAUUACUUUUUAUAAACAA